GGUAUGUCCUAGAGGCCAAAGAACUGAUGACAACAAAAUCUGCCGGGAAUGCGUGGGAUCUCCGGAUCGCUACGACUGGCUCUACCUUGGCUUCAUGGCUAUGCUUCCCCUGGUUUUACACUGGUUCUUCAUUGAGUGGUACUCUGGAAAGAAGAGUUCCAGUGCUCUGCUGCAGCACAUCACAGCCCUGCUGGAGUGCAGCAUUGCAGCUGUUAUCACUCUGCUGGUCAGCGACCCUGUGGGCUCCUUGCACAUCCGCUCCUGCAGGGUGAAGAAGCUCUCGGACUGGUACACGAUGCUCUACAACCCCAGUCCUGACUACAUCACCACAGUGCACUGCACCCAUGAGGCUGUGUAUCCCCUGUACACCAUUGUGUUUAUAUAUUAUGCCUUCUGCCUUGUGUUAAUGAUGCUACUUCGGCCUCUCCUGGUUAAGAAGAUUGCCUGUGGCUUAGGAAAGUCUGAUCGAUUUAAAAGCAUUUAUGCUGCACUGUACUUCUUCCCUAUCCUCACGGUGCUGCAGGCUGUUGGAGGAGGUCUGCUCUAUUAUGCCUUCCCAUACAUCAUACUGGUGCUGUCUUUGGUUACACUAGCUGUGUACAUGUCUGCUUCUGAAGUGGAGUCUUUCAAGGAUCUUCUUGUGAGGAAGAAAAGGCUUGUUGUCCUCUUCAGCCACUGGUUACUUCAUGCCUAUGGAAUCAUCUCUAUUUCUAAACUGGAUAAGCUUGAGCAGGACCUGCCAUUGCUUGCCUUGGUUCCUGCCCCUGCUCUCUUCUACCUGAUGACAGCGAAGUACACGGAGCCAUCUCGUAUCCUCUCAGAAGGUGGGAAUGGACAUUAAGAGGAUCCUGUGCCAACAAUGCUGUCCCAGUGAUCUGGAUUAAGCAAUUUUAGUGCUUGUCACACUUUGGAAACUUCUGUUUUAAAAGAAGUUGUUUAUGUACCAGACUUCUGGCGAGAUACCUCUGGGUGAGCCUGUAUGGUACUACAAAGCUGCACUUUGUAUUCUUCAUAAGUAGCUGGUAUAGAUCAAAGGGAAUGUCUUUGUAUCUAUUUAUCACUGUGAAUCUGUAUAAAAAGCUUGUGACACGUUCUGGUACAGUGGUUUGCUUGUGUAUGUUCAUUUCCUAAUACACCAUUUGAAUAAAACAACAGAGCCUAGUUUUCAGUAGACUCUGAAUAAAACACAUAGAGCUU